AUGACGGCUUCAAGGUUACUUCACGGAGCUGGAGUGCUGGCCACACAGGCUCUGAGGAUCCACGGUCCCAAUAUGGUUGUCCCUGUGUGCUCUGUGGCAUCUGGAGAUGGCGUUCCCACUGUUGAUGGGCAGGCUACUGGGCUGGAGCGGGAGGUCAUGAUGGCUGCCCACAAGGGACUGGACCCAUAUAGUAUGCUCGCCCCAAAGGUACCAAGGGUUCCACACCCAGCUGCCAGGCUCCAAGUUACCAAGGAAGACCCAAAUUUAGUCCCCUCCAUCACCAACAAGCAAACAGUGGGCUGUAUCUGUGAAGAAGACAAUAGUGCCAUCAUCUGGUUCUGGCUGCACAAAGGCGAGACCCAGCAAUGCCCUAGAUGUGGACCCCAUUACAAGCUGAUGCCCCACCAGCUGGCCCACUGA